CUCGCUUUGAUGAGCGUCUACUUCCACCACCCAAAUGUCAUUACGGCAUCCUAUACGAUGCGUACCUAGUAAUUCCUUACUUAGCUAUGGACGGCUUCUUCGUCCCUCCUCACGAACCAGCGGCAUUCAAGCCCUCCGCUUGAACAGACGAUUCCAUGCCUCGAGACCGAACCACCUCGUCGCCGAAGCCCUCCAACUCUCCGAAGCUGCAUUUCAACAGGUCCACAACCUGAGCGGACUGUCAUGGGGCCUCUCGAUCCCUUUGACGGCCGUGGCGUUUCGCCUCGCGUGGCUCCCCAUCCUCUACGUCACCAAUAGAGCCAACAAGCAAGAACAAAAAGUGGCCGGUGUCCUCAAGGGGUGGCGGAAGGCGUACCAAGAUCGUGCCAGGAUGAAAUACCCCCAGGGGACCGAUCAGUCUGCACAAUUGGCCGAGUCGUGGGUACAGACGCAGCUUCGGACCAAACUCAAAGACAUCCAACGACACACCACCUACAUGAGCUGGCAAUCCCGACUUGCUCUGCAGUUCUCGUUCCUACCCAUCUGGUUCAUCAACGCCCAGGUCGUCAGGAGUAUGUCGGGGGACGACAGGACACUGCUGAGCGUGUUUACAAAGUCGGGCGAAGACGCGACUACCACCGUGAUUCCUCCCGAACCCGGUCUAGCGAGCGAGAGUUUUCUCUGGCUCCCGGACCUGGUUCAGUUCGACCAUACCUGGGUGCUACCCUUGACGUUUGCGGCCUUGUCGGGAGCCAGUAUUUGGCAGAUGCUCGGGAAAGAUAUCAAGCAGAGGCAGAGCAAGAUCGUGGGCAUGGAUCAAGGGUGGGCCAGGACCCGCGAGGUCUGGAUCCUCAUGAUAUCCCAGUUGUUCGCGGCGAGCCCCUUCGUCUUCGGCUAUCUGAUCAUCAGAGGUGAGAUGCCGUCCGCCGUCGUCCUCUAUCUGAUCGGAAGUGUGGGGAUGCAAAUGGUCCAGCGUCCGUUCGUGAGAUACACCCUCGGCAUCAACAAGUCAAUGGAAGUUUUGGAGACGAGGGUACCAAAACCCAAAGGUCAGAAAGACACUCCUCGAAAUACUUGAGGUCAACAAGAAACGUAUGGCACCAGCUCCGACGUGACGUUUGUAGGACACGAUGGACGUCGUAGUCUAAUUGAACAGACCACGCGGAACUUUGAGAGACUAGCGAUCUUGUUAUUGCUAUUGUGAAUCUGGCUCUGGAAUGAAGUCAGGUAUAACAGCGCCUCGAACAGUGUUUCCUCCCGAUACGGCAGUGGUUACAGCUCUUGACGAAGGAAGAUCACCGCGCCAAAGGCAAAUGCGAUGGACGUGUCCGAGUCUCUUGUCUUAUCCUGAAAAUGUUCAGGAAUGGCAACGGACCGCUUACAGAUGCCACCGCUGGAUCGGGUUCCCCAAUUGGGUAAUGGCCACAUCACAACAACACUGGGGUUGGAAGGCUUUCGACAUCCCACAGAGGUUGUCAUAUACUUAUUGCGGUCGAGAGAAGGGAUAUCUGGACCAGGUUUGCAUGCAACCGGACAAGUCUAGAAUUGCGUGUUUGGGGGCACGAGCACCCCCCAGUGCGUGUAUAAAAUAUACGCCGGGCAGAAGAAACAUCGGGAAUUUAGAGGCUGUAAAAAGAUGGAUUUGGAACGGAAUAUGAGUUCUUUGAUGUUACUUUCGCUAGCAUUGAGCCUUGAUUUUAGCUCUUACAAUCUUAGCCAUGCCUACUCCCUCCUCUACCCAUGACCAUAGACUGGAAUGAUUUAGUAAAG